AUGUCGACCUCUGCUCACUUCAAACUGAGCGACUUUCCUCACAAAGUCCUGGAUCCGAUUGCCACCCUCACCGUCCCACCGACUUACGCGACCAUCAAACAUGCCCAACGUCAGCUCAUGACCAACGCAGCCGCCAUCCCCACGCUCAACGGUGGCGGCGCCCACGGCCACAUGGCCUUAACCCUCACCGCUCUCGCGUACGCCGACAUCAGCGACGUCCCGUUCGUCAUUCCCGUCGCUCCCCCUGCCAAUCCGCCCCCCGGCGCCACGCAACCCCAAAUCACCGAGAAUAACCGCGUUCACCAACGCGACGCUGACAUUUACAACCUUUAUGUCGCUGUUAACAACGCUCUCCGCCAACAGCUUCUCGAUGCGAUUCCCCGCAUCUACGUACGCGCCCUCGCGCAUCCCAUGUUCGAGUUCAGCAACGUCACGUGCCUUGACUUGCUUUCGCACCUCUGGACCAAAUACGGUACAAUCAAGCCCGCUGAGCUCCAGAAAAAUUUCCAGUCAAUGUUCACCCCGUGGAAUACAACAGAACCGAUUGAAUCCGUUUUUCUCCAGCUCGACGAGGCCAUCGCCUUCUCCGUCGACGGUAACGACCCCAUCUCCGAAGCUGCCGCCGUACGAGCCGGCUAUGAAGUCAUCGCGCACUCUGGCCUGCUCCUCCUCGACUGCAAAGAAUGGCGCAAAUUACCCCUUGCUUCUCACACCCUUGCCAACUUUCAGCAGCACUUUUCCCUUGCCGACGACGACCGGCGCCUUACGGCCACCACUGGUUCCCUCGGCUAUGCCAACGUUCUCGCUGCAACCCCCUCUCUGACUCCAGCCACGGUUUCCGACACCCUCAGCCUUCCCUUCUCCGCGCUCUCUGUGUCACAGACUUCCGUCUCCUCUCCGGAUAUGACCUAUUGCUGGACCCAUGGGACCAGCAAGAACCGACGCCAUACGAGCGCCACGUGCAAGAACAAGGCCCCUGGCCAUCGCGACGACGCGACCGCCACCAACACUCUCGGCGGAUCCACCAAGAUUUGGACCGCCCCCAAACCCCCCAAAUAG